UAAGUUUUUCCUCCAUAAUACAUAUCUCAUCUGCGAACUGCACUAAAGCAAACAUUGAGCUUCAUUAUGGAUUGGGUGCUCUUUUUUUCUAGCUUUUUAAUAGUUAUUUUGCUGGCUAUUUCACUCCAACUUGUUUUCUUCUCACCAAUAUCUCCUGAGUUUCUUGAAAUUCCUUCUGCCUCUCAAACCUUUACCACAACACUUGCAUCAAACAGCUAUUUGCAGACAGUAAGUAAACUUGGAGAAGGAUUUCUAGAUAGACCAGAAGAUGUGGCAGUGGACAAAAUGGGAAUUAUGUAUACAGCUACUAGAGAUGGUUGGAUCAAAAGAAAACACAAAAAUGGGACUUGGGAGAGCUGGAAGUAUAUUGGGAGGGAAACAUUAUUGGGACUUAAAGUAUCAUCUGCUGGUCAUAUUAUAGUUUGUGACGCUCAAGAGGGACUACUUAAGGUUAGCGAAGAUGGUGUAACUGUUCUUGCUUCACAUGUCAAUGGUGAAAAAAUAAGAUUCGCAGAUGAUGUGGUGGAGUCAUCAGAUGGGAGUCUAUACUUCAGUGUCGCAAGCACCAAAUUUGGAUUCCACGAAUGGUUACUUGAUGUGCUUGAGGCCAAGCCCCACGGUCAGCUUCUCAAAUAUAAUCCUUCGCUGAACCAAACGUAUGUAAUCCUUGAUAACUUGGCCUUUGCAAAUGGGGUCGCUCUCUCUGCAGAUCAAGAUUACUUAGUUGUCUGUGAAUCGUGGAAAUUUAGGUGCCUCAAAUAUUGGUUGAAAGACGACAUCAAAGGACAAACUGACAUCUUCAUCGAUAAUCUUCUUGGUGCACCAGAUAACAUCAAGCUUGCUCCAGAUGGUUCGUUCUGGAUAGCUCUAAUACAGUUAACAACUCCGGGGCUAAAUUUUGUGCACAAGUCGAGAGCUUCAAAACAAUUGCUGGCAACCUUCCCCAAAUUGAUGAACUGGGUGAUAGGAGUAUACAACAAAGCUAUGGUAGUGAAUGUGGCAGCUAAUGGAAAGAUAACCAAAGGAUUUGAUGAUCCAACUGGAAAGGUCAUGUCAUUUGUGACUUCUGUGUUGGAGUAUGAGGAUCAUCUAUAUUUAGGAAGUCUCAACUGUGAUUUCAUAGGAAAGUUACCACUGACAACCUCAACUGCCUAGUCAUUGCUAACUUACUCAUAUUAUGGUCUAGAAAUUGAAUGUCUUGAUUCCUAAAAUGUAUGCUUGGAGUCCGACUUCAGCUGAGAGUUGGUAUGCUCCUUUCUUUCAGGAGUCAUGUUCUAGUUUGGUAGUAUUGUGUUAUGAUGUUUGUAUAGGUAUGCCAGGGCCCUGUCCUGUGCACUAGGUAAGUUACUCUUUAGAGGCUUUUGUAGAUGUGUCUGCACAGUUUAGUUAAGUUUGACUUUAUGGUCUUGUCGGCUUUCAUUACUCAGUUCAGUUGAAUUAUGGCCUAGCUGACCUUAUAUUGUUUUGCAAAUUUUAUGUAGUUGCGAUC